AUGACUGCAUCUUCAUCUCUCUCAGCCCUGUCACUGCACCCAAUCUUCAGGCCAGCGGCCAACCCUCUGUCUCCCCCAGGUCAGUCCCUGGCUAUAAGCAGUGCAGUUCUUCUCUUUGCUAUUCUUAAUGAAGACUGCAUUAUUCUGACUUAUCAGAAUUUACAGUAUGAAAGUCAUGUCUCAGCUUCUGCAGAUAUCUUAUCUACUCAGAUGAUUCUCAAGUGA